AGAAGAUUUGCCAAAACUGAGCUCUAUGGGACAGGAGCAAUGGAUUUUGGAGUAGGAGGUUUUAUUUUUGGGACUGCAAUGGUUUGUCCAGAGGUUAGGAGAAAAUACACGGAAGGGUCCAGAUGUUAUUAUUUUACAAAGUCAUUGUACUCUGUUUGGCCAUUAGUCUUCCUAGGAGUAGGACGAUUAGUCAUUAUAAAAUCCAUAGGCUAUCAGGAACAUUUAACUGAGUAUGGAGUUCACUGGAACUUUUUCUUUACUUUAAUAGCUGUGAAAGUGUUAACAUCGCUGCUUUUGAUUAUUCUUCCUCUAAAUAAAUCCUGGACUGUGGCCAUCAGCAUUAUUGUGUUGUACCAGCUAGCCCUUGACUUUACCCCACUGAAAAGGUUAAUUUUGUAUGGCACUGAUGGUAGUGGUACAAGGAUUGGCUUAUUAAAUGCCAACCGAGAAGGAAUAAUCUCUACCUUGGGGUAUGUGGCAAUUCAUAUGGCUGGUGUGCAAACAGGGUCAUAUAUGCUUAAAAAAAGAUCACAUGUCAAAGAUUGGAUAAAAGGAACAUACUAUAUUCUGCUGACGGCUAUUUGCCUCUUCAUAACUCUCUACAUAGUUCAGGUAAAUGUAGAAGUGGUGUCUCGGAGAAUGGCCAAUUUAGCCUUUUGCAUUUGGAUAGUUGCUUCUAGCCUGAUCGUUCUUAGUAGUUUAUUACUGGGUGAUAUAAUUUUGAGUUUUGCCAAAUUU